UUAUUAGAGAUGCAAAGAGCAGUGAGGUUUGGUUGCAGCACCAUUAAUAAAUUAGAAAGCGAAUUGAAUAAGAUUGAAAAAAUCUCUUUCAAAGAAAGUUAUCUAUCAUUUCAAAGAGAAUGGAAUGAAUUCAAAAAUAGAGCAAAAGAAAUGUAUUAAUUUGCACUUAUCACUUUUUCUGUAGGCCUCCAAGAGUCUUCAAUGAUAAACUAGAUGCCAACCAAUAGAAAAAGAUUAAUUUAUUAGCAAAACACAUAGAAUACUUGAGUGAGAAUGAAUUUUAAUAUCUGAAUUACAUUUUGUAGAAAUAAGUGCUCAAUAAACCCGAUUAUGCUGAGUUUUCUUUAGGUAUUUCUAAAGAGGAUACUCAAGUUGGUAAUUAAAUCAAUUGAAUUAAAGGUCCUGGAGUGUGGCCAACAGCACAUCCUCAAUGGUUAUAAUAAUAAGAAAUCAUAGCCAAAUUAUGGCCUUUGGGAUAAUAAGGAGUUGCAACAUUGUUCUCCGAAGUUGUUGGAUUUGGAGGUGGAGUCGGAACAGGAGGAGCUUAGGCUUCAGCUGCCAAUACUUCUGCCUCUGCAUAAGAGGGGAAAAAGGAAGAGGCUCCUAAGGAAGCACCAAAAGAGGCUGCUGUAUUUUCUAUUCAAAAUAAAUUAGAAAGCUAAUUAUGAUGUAAUUCUUGAUUCUAUCGAUGCUGCAUAAAAGAUCAAAAUUAUUAAAGAUGUCAGAGCAAUCUUCAAUUUGGGUUUGAAGGAAGCCAAAGACAUGGUUGAAAAAUUGCCUGCCACUCUAGGCAAAUAGAUGAAGAAAGCUGAUGCGGAAGAGUUGAAGAAAAAAUUGGAAGCUAUUGGAUGCACAAUUAAGUUAGUGUGAGAGUAUAUUAAUAAUCAUCAUUACAUUAUUAUAUUAUUGG